GGCUGCAACCUUUGGAUUGAGAAACGGCCUGAGAGACGGAAGUGGGAAGGCUAGACUCAACAUUAUCAUAACUGUAACAUGUAUAUUAAAUUAGUCUUGUAUUGAUUAUCGGUCUCGUACUAGGUUUACCUUGAUAGUGAUCAAUUAGCAUACUCGUGUUUAUCUGAUCAUGUAUUUUUAAUUGUUAUUGUGCAAGUCUUCAUUACGAUAUUUUCACUUCCCAUUUAACUUGGACCGUGUUACCGUUAGAGGAAUGUAUUUGUGAUUUCCAGCAAGGGGAGAUACGCAUUUCCUCAGAAACAUUAAAUGCUGAAAGAUAUGGAUUCAAAAUAAUCGAAAUGAUCUGCCGCAUAUACGCAGUGGCGCAUUUCAUAUUGAUGAUCAAUGUCGCCGGGACGCUGGACGUACAGCCGCCACGGGAUGUCAAGAUAACGUUAGUAGGAUCACGACUACAAUGGAAGUCUUCCGACGACAAAAGUGUCUUGUAUUAUGUACAGUAUAAAAACAACUCCGAUCCAGCAGAUGAAUGGCACAAUGUUUCAAGCUAUAAUGGAACAUCAUUAAGAACAUUUGAAAUUACUAAUGAAUUUUAUGGAGGAAUAUUUCGAGUGCGUGCAGAGAAAGACAGCCACACAUCAGAAUGGCAGAUUUCUAAACCGGUCCUGUGUAUGAAUCUUAAUAUCUGCAUUCCUUUGAUGACUGUGAAUGUAAAACCAGGAAUUAUUGUCGUACAUAUGUCACAUAUGGACCAGAGCUUGAAGAAAGAAUAUGGAGAUCAUAUUGCCUUUAAUGUAUCACACUGGAAAAUUAAUGGACGGCACUCAGAGGUGGAGUUUAUAGUUACACUUGACAAGACUCUGAGCUUUCGUAAUCUGGAAUCAGGGCAGAAGUACUGUUUUCAGGUCCAGUAUUCAUUGUAUAAUAAGCCCUAUGGAAAUACCAGCGAACAGCAAUGUGUAAACAUACCAGAAAGCCCAGAGGAGGCAGAGAAGCGCGUUGUGCUCACAACCAUCAUAACUACAGUAUUAGUUUUGACCAUUUGUGGUUGUUGCAUUUUUGCACUUUUCAAGAACCACAAAAAGUUUAAACAGAUUCUUAAACCCCCUGUGAAUAUUCCCUUACACUUUCGAGAGUUCUUGAAUCAGGAGUUUCCUCAGCGGCCGUUUCCAAGUCCCAGCACUGAAAGUUUACCGUCAUGUGAUGUAAUCACAUUAAUAGAGAAUGGCAAUAUAGAGGAGAUUGGACAAGAGAUAAGAUCUUAAUUCUGUUUUUUACAUUAAGAUUAUGAUCGUUUUCAUAUGCACAUUCUUACACAUCACAGAUUCAACUCUGCCCUUGAUAGGUGGUUUUUUUAAUGCUGGUCAUGAAUCUCAAAAGAUUUAGCUUGCUUUUUUGAGCAUUGGGUUCACAUUUCUUUAAUUAGAUUUAACUUUUGGUUUGCAAUGUUCAGUGUUUAAGGUUAUAGUAUUGUAACACUAAAUACAAAAAUCAGCAUUUAGUAUGCUUAAUGAUAAGUAUGUCUGUAACCUCAGUAUGCACAAAAAAAAAACAGUAAGUGAAACAUUCGGAUGGUCUACUUCCUCUGUCGAGAUUUCUCAGUCAGUGCGCUCCAAAUGGGAUUAAUCCACCUGCAAAGGGCACUUUGGAUUGAGAACAGUCAGUCGCUCCAAACUAAUGUGCUUAGGACUGGUCACUUUAAAGAGCUCUAUAAAGGACAGACACUUAGCUCCCAUGAUUGUUUGCACAGGUUCUGUGUGAGGACGCUGCUUCUUACAUCUUUUAUCUUUUUAAAGCUCUCAUUUUAGGGGGUAAACCCUUAUGGCAAAGAAGGGAAAGCAGGGAUAAUGCAUAGGAUGCACACUUAGGCAGAUUCUUUCAGGUGUAAGGGAUAUAGGUACCAAGGAAUGUAUUAUUUGUAGUUAAAUUGUACUUGUUUAACAACACUUGAGUAGAAUAUUUUCUUAGCUGUUGUUAGUAGCAUAGUAGUUGGUUAGGGGUUAGCUCAAGUAAAUUCUUGCAAAAUGCAAGAUAACAAAACCAAGAUAGCAAAAUGUUUGUUUUUGUUUGGCACUAAAAGCUGAUUUGUAUAAGCAAUUGCAUUUUCUUUUAAAUUCAUAUACAGUUGAUGUUAUAUUUGCUGAUAACACCUCUUCUGAUAAUGUCCUUAACUUUAUAUUUUUUAAUCUUUUAACGGUUUUAUAGUAACUUUUGGUUGCAAUCAUUUCAAAAUCUUUUGGAGCAUUUCUUUAAUUCUGUUCCAGCAGACAAGUUUGAUGUACAUACUGAUGAACACUCUAAAAACAAACGGUGCUAUAUAGCACCAAAAGUGGUUCUUUGCUCGUAAUCAUAGAAGAACCGUUUUUAGUGCCAUAUAGCACCGGUGAAGCACCUGUGUAGAACCAUAUAGUGCUAUGUAGAACCAAAUGUGGUGCUAUAGUGGUGCUAUAUGGCACCUAUAUGGUUCUACACAGGUGCUUCACCGGUGCUAUAUGGCACUAAAAACAGUUCUUCUAUGGUUACGAUUCAAAUCAACAGUUUUGGUGCUAUAUAGCACCGUUUGUUUUUUUUAGAGUGAAUCCCACAAUUAGGUGGUGUUGCUUUUUAAAAGCAUGAGUUGUAUAUAGGUUUUUAUUUACAAAAAAAAUGCUAUAAUAUAUUUGUAGAUUUUAAGGAAACAUGCCAAGUUCACUUAGUAACUGUUUCUAUGUAAAACAAAGCUGUAGCCAUUUAUUCCCUUUUUGAAAUAAUGCGCCUUCCGUGUCGGAAUGUCUGUUUUUGUUUGCUUUGUGAUUCUGCCCACUGGCAAUUUACCCAAUAGUGUAUUUUGACAGCUCGGAUGCAAGUUAUCACGGUUGCCCAUAAAUAAUUUUUGUAAUUUGUAGACAACAAAAAACUUUGCAAAUAUAAAAACGAGCAGAUAAACUUUUGCUUUCCAUCGUCUGUUGGGCUUCUGUAUGUGUCUGGAAACCCGAGAAAGGGGCUGGGGAAAACGUCUCCAAUAUUUUGAAUUUAGACGGUAAUACCAAAUUUUACAGCUAGAGGUCAAUGUUACGCAGCUUCUUUAAAGGAACACGUUGACUUUUUGGGACUUAUAGCUUAUCCAUCGUAUCCCCCAGAGUUAGAUAAGUCCACCCUUUUCAUCUAAGUGCGUCUGACGCACCCACCGCUAGCCUAGCUUAGCACAAAGACUGGAAGUAAAUGGCUCCAGCUAGAAUACUGCUCUCAAUAAGUGACAAAAAUAAUGGCAACAGUUUCCUGUUUAUAUGUUGUGAUUUUUAUAAUGAUAGUGUGUACAAAUAACAAGGUCAUAUGAGCCAUCUUUUAACUGUAUGGGAAUUAUAUUCUCAGAAGUUGAAGCACUGCUUGACAUGUUUGUAAUAAUGCUUUUUUGUGAUAGUGGACAGAUACUGUUUUAUAGGCGAUACCAAAUAGUGAUUGUGAGAUCAAAUUUAUUUGUUUCAUUCACUUAAAAAUGACUGUGAUGUUAAAAUAUAUGCUGUUUGAUUGACUUUAAUAUUGUAUAAUUAGUGACGCAUUACUGCUGUGCCAAUAUGUGAAUGUUCUUUGUUUAGAUUUGAAAGUCUUUUGCAAUAAAGGUCAUUAGUAUUAGACAUAAUACUAUAUAAAUGUAAACCCUGUCCGGGAAACCGCCCCAUAGUAUUAUUCUUUUGUUUUGAUUAAUAGAGAUUUGCAAGUGUGACUUGCAAGAUAAUUAAAAAUAUUUUUUUCUUUGAAAUUUUAAUCAAAACAGAAGACAAACUGAAUUUGUCGUCAACUACAAGAACGUGCAACUAUUCUGAGAAAGUAGCAGCCUAUGUGCUAUUCUGCUGUUUGAAUUUUUCACAGUACAUAAUCAUACGUUGAUAAUGAAAAUUUAAUCUGACCAUCAGCUUCAAAGACAAUGUCCAAUUUAGACUGGACUGAUCCUCUUCACCCUGGAUUUCUCCACAUAACAUUUUAUCGCCGCAUGAGGGGGAACCAAAGAAUGUGCCAAGAGCAUACAAUGUAUUAGAUGUCUUUCAAGGUGAAAGGGUGCAGACUUUAUUCCCCUUUGCUCUUCCUCUAGAAGUCUUUGUUUCCAUACCUGUAUUUAAAGAAUGUUAUUAAAAAGCCUCCAUGCAGACCCACAGAAAGGAUAAAGUGAGGUUUGAUUAUUUUGUGACAGAGAGAUGUUUGUACAGCUGAUGUUUGGCUUGUAUUUCUGUCCUGGAAGACAUUCUGCAUAAUCUUCCUGUGGUUGGCUGUUUGUAAAACAAAUAAAUACUUAAGGUCAUA